AUCUAAAUUUGAUAGAUGGCGCAAUUGUACUUCCUGUAAAUUGAGACUAAGAAUGGCUUUUGUAUAAUAAUGAAUAAGAAGUGGUAUAUCAAUAUCUUAAUAAUUUUUGCCCAUAUAUCCUUCUUAUCUUCUGUGCCUGUUUGUGAGUCUGGUACAUUUGGAUGGCAUUGUAAGUUUCUGUGUCAUUGUGCCGAGGGCAGCUGUGACCCAGUCACCGGGGCCUGUCCCUCAGGAUGUAAACAGAACCGCUACGGCCCUGGAUGUCAGCUCUUAUCGGUUUUCCGUUACUCGUCGGAGGCUCAUGGAUAUCAGGGGAACACAGACAGAACUGGUGAUGGAGAGAAAUGUGUUCCAUGGAACAACACCAUAUUUAUCAAAAUGUAUGGAUUGAAAUCAUCAGAUUUUCCCGAUCAGGCAAUCCCUGGUGCCGUUUGUCGAAAUCCACUGAACUUCAAAAUAAGAAGUGAGGCAUUGGAAGGCAAAGGACCAUGGUGCUUCACCAACUUCAUGGAAAAAAAUGAAUAUUUCGGGUCAUGUAAUAUUCCAUUAAGAGGUUGUGAUUCUGGAAGGUUUGGUGAGAUGUGUGAGUUCGAGUGUCAUUGUAAGAAUGAGGACUCGUGUACUCGUCUAGGGACUUGUCCAUUGGGAUGUCAUCCUGGAUGGCUCAAUACAACCUGUCAAACACCUUGUGAGCCCGGUAACUAUGGAGAUGGUUGUGUGUCCAAGUGUGGAAACUGUAAAUCGGGACCGUGUGAUUUUGAGUCGGGGGACUGUGAUGGAGAGUGUUCAGCAGGCUGGAAGGGGAAACUGUGUAAAACUGGCUGUGCUGAUGGAGAGUAUGGGGAGAAUUGUUUGGAGACCUGUGGGGCGUGUCGCCGACCUCCAUGUGACCUCCGGACCGGUCAGUGUGCGGGGGGAUGUCUGGACGGCUACACAGGAAUUCUCUGUAAAACAGAAUGUGAAGCUGGAUAUUUUGGGACCAACUGUAGCAGGACAUGUGGCCAAUGUAUGACAGGAAGCUGCCAUUUUGUGACAGGGGUGUGCUCAGGUGGAUGUAAGCCUGGUUGGCAGGGGUUCGAAUGCCUGGAAGCUUGUGAUGACUUUACGUUUGGAGAGAACUGUUCCAGUAAGUGUGGGGCGUGUCGCGGUAUGACCCCCUGUGAUAAGGAGACCGGGCUUUGUACUGGGGGGUGUGAGGAGGGAUUUACUGGGGACCUGUGUAUAGAUUUGGUCCCGGUGGAGUUAUCAGACAACACAUCGAUGGGGAGUGUCAUUGGAGGGGUGGUGGCAGUACUGGUCAUUAUAGCCAUCAUCGUAAUCACCGUCAUCGUCAUCAGACGUAGAAAGUUACAGACUCUAACGUUUGGUAAAAAAGGACAAGAUGAAGAGAAGCGACCUGUGGAACUAACGCAGAGUAAAGAAACGGAUCAGCUGAUCGCUAAUGAAUCCUCUAUGUCUGAUCCCCAUGACGACACAGAUCCCAACCUGAAUGAACCAAUUUAUGCCAACGUCAACACCAAGAAACAGAGCAGUCCUAUCAAAGUGGCCGACCUGUUUGAUUACAUCCGAGAAAACAAGAAAAACGAGUGUGAAGGAUUCAAAAAAGAGUUCAAC